GAGGACGAUUAUUGGAAUGCAUAACAGGAGAGGGUAAUGACUGGGGGAGAAACAGCUGAGGGAGAGAAAAGGAGCAGGUGUCUUAACAACAGAGAUAAUCCACAAACAAAAUAUGAAUGCAGAAAACAUAAAAGCUACAAUACAAAUGCUGCUAUCAUUCCACGAGAAUCACUUUCUGCAUUUGUGACCCACACUAUUCAGCUGUCCCUCCUCCCCUAUCUGUUUUGCCCCUUGUGUAAAGAGAGAGAGAGAGAGAGAGAGAGAAAGAGAAUCACACGUGAACAGACUAAUCAAUCCACCAGCAACAUUAAAUAACUCCCAACGUCCCGCCAGCAAGAGUACGUGGAAAACACCGGGCUAAUUUCGGAGCCGGGCUGAGCGCCACUCAAUAAAUCAACCAGCUGCUCAUGCCUCUCAUCGAGCGGAUGAAGAGGCGGCGGGCUGUGGCAUCAGAGGGCAGCGCAGGCGUCUGCUCAGAGCCGGACUCUGCAUGCAGGAAGAAUGUCGAGGAACGGCCAGCGACAGAACCUGGUGGUCAUCAAGGAACUUGAGCUCAUCUUGGACUCCUGCACGCUGGAGCUCACACCUGUGGAUGAAGUCUGGCCCAACUUGUACAUAGGAAAUGUGGCUGUUGCACAGAACAAAAACAGAUUGCAUAAGCUUAGCAUCACUCAUGUUCUGAACGCAGCACACUCCAAGCAGGGCAGCAUCGGCGACCAGAGCUUUUAUGGGAACACCUGUGUUUACUUUGGCAUCCCAGCGGAAGACUCGGACCACUUUGACCUCAGCCAAUACUUUAAAUCUGCUACUGACUUCAUUCAUAAAGGCCUGAAAAGCAAAGAUGGGAAAGUGUUGGUCCACUGCAUCAUGGGUGUGAGUCGAUCAGCCACUUUGGUCCUGGCUUACCUCAUGCUGAGGCAUCGUUUUUCACUAAGAGAUGCUCUGAGACAUGUUGUCAAAAAACGGGCCAUUUAUCCCAACCGGAACUUCCUGACACUCCUCCUGAAGCUGGACGAAGAGCUGACUCAAAAAAGGACGCUGUGCCCUGUUCUCUGACGUCGCUCUCUCCGUUUUAAUCAGUCCUUGGUUUUCUCAUGACCUCAGCAUGUGCUGCACUCCAAUUAAAUCACUUUACGGAGGGGCUGUAAAUAGUGUAAACCAUUGGAAACCACUUAGAAUCUAAUAUUUUAUUUUAUUUUAUUGCACUUCCUGAAUAUGUCGUUGUAAUUUCUAGGUCCCACAACAUGUUAGACGUAAUUAAUGUUCACGUCUGUCAACCCAAAUAUUCUUAUCUAUUUCUAUGUUAAUCACUGAACUCCAGAAUUAAAAGAAACGUAUCACCACACCA